GUGACUGACGACUGUUGUUUGUCAUUUGCUGAUUUUUCUGUGAUGGUGGAAAACUAGUGUGAAUAAUUUUUAUUUAACAAUACAUUGUAGUAUCUAAGUAUUGGAAUUGUUGAAAGUCUCUUGAUUUGAAACUUUGUAAGAUAUUAGUCCAACUAGUGAAAGUUUUGCACUUGACACUUACUGCUGAGGCUUAAAAAGAAAGACAAAAAAUUCUUUGUGUUGUUACGCGUAAUAAAAAUCAUCUCUAUUCUACGAUCAUGACUUCUGGACCAUAUAAUUAUUCUUAUAUUUUUAAGUACAUCAUUAUUGGUGAUAUGGGAGUUGGAAAGUCAUGUCUUUUACAUCAAUUUACUGAUAAAAAAUUUAUGGCCGACUGUCCUCAUACUAUUGGUGUAGAAUUUGGGACUCGAAUAAUUGAAGUAGCUGGACAAAAAAUCAAAUUGCAAAUUUGGGAUACUGCAGGACAAGAAAGAUUCAGAGCUGUCACUCGUUCAUACUACAGAGGUGCAGCUGGUGCUCUAAUGGUUUAUGAUAUAACGAGAAGGUCAACUUACAAUCAUUUAAGUAGCUGGCUUACAGACACACGUAACUUGACUAAUCCCAGCACUGUGAUAUUCUUAAUCGGGAACAAAUCGGAUUUAGAUGGUCAGAGAGAUGUUACAUAUGAAGAAGCUAAACAAUUUGCUGAUGAGAAUGGCUUAAUGUUCGUCGAAGCUAGUGCCAAGACGGGACAGAAUGUUGAAGAAGCUUUCCUUGAAACGGCAAAAAAAAUAUAUCAAAGUAUUCAGGACGGUCGGUUGGAUCUGAACGCGGCGGAGUCGGGCGUGCAGCACAAGCCGGCGUCGCCCGGCCGCCCGCUGGCCGCGCCGCCCGCCGCGCGCGACAACUGCUCGUGCUAACACGCCGCGCGCGACUACUGCUCGUGCUAAGGGCGCUUUCAAUUUAGACGUUUCGUGUUGGACGUUUGUCGAGCGUUUGCAGGACCGCACAUGGCUAAUUGUAUGACAAUUGCGUCAGAAUAAAAUUAUCAAUUACCAAUAGUUAGUGUGCGGUCUUGCAAACGCACGACCAACGUGCGACACGAAACGUCUAAAUUGAAAGCGCCCUAACACGCCGCGGCGCUCCGCGGUUCUUCUUAACCCUCAACCUUAUUUAUAGUAAAUCGUAUUUAAUUAUUAAGAAAUCAUUGUUAGUAAUAAUUGCAAUUAUUAUGAAUUCAGUUACUUUCUUUUUAUUUUAUUUACACUGUUUUAACAUUCCACGUUAUAUUCAAGACUGGACCAAUCGAUGACUAAAGCCUAGUCCGUGAGCACGUAGAAUUUUGUCCAAUGAACCCACUACACCCAGCUACCCAUCUUUAUCGCUCGCGCGUAAUUAUGUUGCUGUCGCGCUCGCACACUUACUGCGGGUACCCGUCGCACAGUCGCGACAGCAAUAUAAUUACGCGCGAGCGAUAAGGAUGGGUAGCUUGGGGUCAUUGAACAAAAUUCUACGUGCUCACGGACCAGGCUUUAGCAAGUAUUUAUUUAUCGGUCCGAAGCAAUUUAUUUUCCGCAUAAUAUGACCUUAAAGCACUUGGUUUUUAUGUAGUCUUCUUGAAGAAUGUUUGGUAAAAGAUACUAAUCAAAUAGGUAAUCGUGUUUAUAGAUAUUGUUUUGUAAAUCAUUAUGCUGCCUCAUUUAUUACACUGGAAAAUGAUGGCA